ACUGCGCAUCCUCCCACGCGGUUCCAGCCAGGCCUGUGCCGUGCCGGUGACUCGCAGCCCCCGGCUCCCGGCGCGGUCGCCUUCCCGGCUCGCGGCCUCUCCGGCCGUGGCACCGCCAUGACGCUCAACAAUUUUCUCUUCGCGCAGUGCGUCUGCUACUUUUUGGCCUUCCUGUUCAGCUUCGUGGUGGUGGUGCCGCUGUCGGAGAAUGGCCAUGACUUUCGGGGCCGUUGCCUGCUCUUUACCGAGGGUAUGUGGCUGAGCGCCAACCUGACGAUGCAGGGGAGGGAGCGCUUCACCGUGCAGGAGUGGGGCCCGCCAGCCGCCUGCCGCUUCUGCCUGCUUGCCAGCCUCCUGUCGCUGCUGCUGGCCGCUGCGCACGCAUGGCGCACGCUCUUCUUCCUCUGCAAGGGACAUGAGGGCACCUUCUUCUAUGCCUUCCUGAACCUCCUGUUCAGUGCCUUUGUGGUCUUCCUGGUCUUCAUUGCCAGCACCAUCGUCAGUGUGGGCUUCACCAUGUGGUGUGACACCAUCACGGAGAAGGGCACUGUGCCCCACAGCUGUAAGAAGUUCCAGGAUGUGGACUUGGAGCUGAACGUGGACAACUCUGCCUUCUACGACCAGUUUGUUAUCGCCCAGUUUGGUCUGUGGGCCUCGUGGUUGGCUUGGCUGGCGAUCACCACCCUGGCGUUCCUGAAGGUUUACCACAACUACCGCCAGGAAGAUCUGCUGGACAGCCUGGUUCAUGAGAAGGAGCUGCUGCUGGCCAGGCCGGCCUCUCGUACCUCCUUCCAGGGGGAGAAGAGUGCUGUCAUCUAGGCUGUGCAAGGGUGGCCCCCUUUCCUGAGGCCUGCACUGAGGGGUGGCUGGGGCCCCACCCAGGUUAGCCAGUGCAGCUCUGCAUGUGUCUCUUGGCCCCGCCCACUGUGAGCAGAGCACUUGUGUUCCCAUGGAGAGCCUGACAGUGAUGGCACAGAGACCCAGAGACUUGGGGUUAGGAUGCCUUCUGCUUCUUGUCCUGGCCUUGGUUAGUGUGAUCCCUAAGCUGCCUCUGUGUGACCAUUGGCCCAUAUAUGUGCAUGUAUGUGAACAUGUGUGUAGAUGGAAGUCUGACUGCAGCACAGAGCUGAUGGCGAUGGGUUAGCAGCCUCCUUGCACCACCACAGGCUCCAGCACACCCAAGUCCCUGCCCUUCCCAGAGGGGGCCGUCUUUCCAUUCUAUAGCAUCUUCAGCGAAGGUCCCCAAAAGGCACCGUUCCCUGUCCCCCAUAGCAGCUGAUGGAGGAUCCUGAUAAGAAUGUGGGGGUCUGGGCUGGGCUCUGUCCUCUGUUCUGUGAGAAUAUCUGGGGCUGCUUGGCUGUGGUAGGAGAGUCCCACCCUCCACUCUUGAGGUUUUCUAAGUGGCAUGAUCCUCUGUGUUCCAGGGGCGGGGCCUCCAUAGCAGAAGAGGCCCCACCAUCUGGAUUUCGGGAGUGCAUUCAUUGUUCAUGACCCUAGUCUGAAGUUGUGCUCAGAGCUGUUCCUCCAUUUCCAGGCAAGGUGAUCCUCAGCUGUGUCAGCUCCCUGUCCACCAUCAGUGGUUGGUGUGAUCCUAGCCAUGUCAGCGUCCACCAUCAGUGGUUGGUGUGAUCCUAGCCAUGUCAGCGUCCACCAUCAGUCAUUGGUGUGAUCCUAGCCAUGUCAGCGUCCACCAUCAGUCAUUGGUGUGAUCCUAGCCAUGUCAGCGUCCACCAUCAGUCAUUGGUGUGAUCCUAGCCAUGUCAGCGUCCACCAUCAGUCAUUGGUGUGAUCCUAGCCAUGUCAGCGUCCACCAUCAGUGGUUGGUGUGAUCCUAGCCGUGUCAGCAUCCACCAUCAGUGGUUGGUGUGAUCCUAGCCGUGUCAGCAUCCACCAUCAGUGGUUGGUGUGAUCCUAGCCAUGUCAGCGUCCACCAUCAGUCAUUGGUGUGAUCCUAGCCAUGUCAGCAUCCACCAUCAGUCAUUGGUGUGAUCCUAGCCAUGUCAGCAUCCACCAUCAGUCAUUGGUGUGAUCCUAGCCAUGUCAGCGUCCACCAUCAGUGGUUGGUGUGAUCCUAGCCGUGUCAGCAUCCACCAUCAGUGGUUGGUGUGAUCCUAGCCAUGUCAGCGUCCACCAUCAGUGGUUGGUGUGAUCCUAGCCGUGUCAGCUCCCUGUCCACCAUCAGUCAUUGGUGUGAUCCUAGCCAUGUCAGCGUCCACCAUCAGUGGUUGGUGUGAUUCUAGCCAUGUCAGCGUCCACCAUCAGUGGUUGGUGUGAUCCUAGCCAUGUCAGCGUCCACCAUCAGUGGUUGGUGUGAUUCUAGCUGUGUCAGCUCAGCGUCCACCAUCAGUGGUUGGUGUGAUUCUAGCUGUGUCAGCUCCCUGUCCACCAUCAGUGGUUCGUGUGAUCCUCAGCUCUGUCAGCUCAGUGUACACCAUUAGUGGUUGGUGUGAUCCUAGCCAUGCAGCAUCCACCAUCAGUCAUUGGUGUGAUCCUAGCCAUGUCAGCAUCUACUAUCAGUGGUUGGUGUGAUCCUAGCCAUGUCAGCAUCUACCAUCAGUGGUUGGUGUGAUCCUAGCUGUGUCAGCUACCUGUCCACCAUCAGUGGUUGGUGUGAUCCUAGCUGUGUCAGCAUCCACCAUCAGUGGUUGGUGUGAUUCUAGCUGUGUCAGCUCAGGGUCCACCAUCAGUGGUUGGUGUGAUCCUAGCCAUGUCAGCAUCCACCAUCAGUGGUUGGUGUGAUCCUAGCCAUGUCAGCGUCCACCAUCAGUGGUUGGUGUGAUCCUAGCUGUGUCAGCUCCCUGUCCACCAUCAGUGGUUGGUGUGAUCCUAGCCAUGUCAGCGUCCACCAUCAGUGGUUGGUGUGAUUCUAGCUGUAUCAGCUCACUGUCCACCAUCAGUGGUUGGUGUGAUCCUAGCCGGUUCAGCUCACUGUCCACCAUCAGUGGUUGGUGUUUCCAGGUGGAAGGGGCUGGCUUCACAAAGGUGUGGUCCCUGGCUCACUGGGGAAUCACUUGGACCCUAAGAAUUGAAGCUAUCAGGGAUGAUUAGGAUGCUGUGCAAGGGAGGUACCUAUCUGGGGAGGUCAGGGCCAGGCAGAAUAACACUCCGGCCUGCUCUGGGGGCUUUGGCUUGUGGCCUGGCUGAGCUUCCAGUGGUGGCGGGGGAGUGGGUGGGUACUGGAGAAAUGUUUUGAGGUCUCCACACGGACUUGGUCUCUCCUCCAGACCCUCACACCAGACUAUAUUUGUGGCACAUGGGAACAUUGUCUAGCUCUGAGACCCCUCUUUUGUCUCCCUGGGAAUGGCACCUUUCUCAUCUUCUGCCCCAUAUCCCUACUAAGGCUAAAGCUACUUAGGACCUGAAGGAGCAGGAGGCAGGCUGGGGCCCAUAGCACCUAGGAUCUGAUUCAGGUGUAGGCCUGCUCUUAGCAGCUGCCUCUUGGGGAUGAUGGGAGUUGGUCUGGAACCUGGACAAGUCUAGAAAGACCUUCAUUCAUCUACAGUUGCCUAGACUUUUCCCCCCAGGUAUCAAUGUCCCAGGACUCUUGGGGAAAAGGGCCUCUGGCCUAGGGGCGCUGGCAGGACCUGUUGGCUGUAGCCACGGGCAGGGGUGUCUGUCCAGGACAGGACUCUCUGGAUGUAUGGCAAGAGGCAGUCGGAGGUGCAGAGUGGUCCCCAGGUUAUUCCCAGGAUGCUUCUGUUCCUCUCGGCCCUCUCUGGAUGGAUGGAUGGCAAGAGGCAGGGGGAGGUGCAGGGUGUUCCCAGGAUGCUUCUGCUCCUCUUGGCUUGUUUUAGAGCAGCCCUUGUUCCUUUCUUCCUGGUGAAACUGAUAGUGAAGAGUCCUAAGCCUCCGUGUGUCUGGUUCUCAAGUCAAAAGAUCAAAAUAAAGAUGAAAUAUCUGA